GUUUCCUUCUAGAAAUGUCUGGAAAGUUCUCUGCCUCGCUUGUUUGAGCGCUUGACAGUUGACUGUACAGUAUAUUGUGCGGUGGACUUUGCACUCUUUCUGUCUGCGGCGAUUAAAAAGCUUCACAACCGCCUUCGGCGCGCCACUAUUUCGUUGCAUAUUAGCGGGUCGGCUCAAGACGCGCAGUUUCCCCCCCGAUUUUCAAUGACUGCCGAGGAGCAAACGGGCGAAGGGCAACACGGGCUCCAAAUGGAGGGAGAAGACAUCACGCCAAAGAAAGAUGGGGGCGUUUUGAAGCUGAUCAAAAGGGAAGGAACAGUCACCGAGCUGCCAAUGACCGGCGACAAGGUGUCUUUGCACUAUGUGGGCACUCUCCUGGAUGGUACUGAGUUUGACUCCAGUAAAAACCGAAAGGAUCCGUUCUCUUUCGAGUUGGGCAAAGGUCAAGUCAUAAAGGCAUGGGACAUUGGUGUGGCUACUAUGAAAAAAGGGGAGCUCUGCCAACUCACCUGUAAACCAGAAUAUGCAUAUGGCGUAGCAGGCUCCCCACCUAAAAUACCCCCCAAUGCUACGCUUGUUUUUGAGAUGGAACUUCUUGAAUUCCGCGGUGAAGACUUAACUGAAGACGAGGACGGUGGAAUCAUCCGUCAUAUUCUCACCAGAGGGCAGGGCUACGCCAAGCCUAGUGACGGAUCCUCUGUUGAAGUGACCGUGGAGGGCACCUGUGAAGGACGUGUCUUCGAUGAGAGAGAACUUAUGUUUGAGCUCGGGGAUGGCGAAAGCUUGGGAUUACCGACUGGAGUGGACAAAGCCAUCAAAGCUAUGGAGCAGGGAGAAGAAGCCAUCUUUCACAUCAAACCCAAGUAUGGUUUUGGGAAUGCUGGAAAUGCCAAGUAUAACGUCCCUGGCGGAGCAAUGUUGCAGUACAAGAUCAAGCUGAAAGCCUUCGAAAAGGCAAAAGAAUCGUGGGAGAUGAAUCCCUCAGAGAAGUUAGAGCAGAGUGGCGUUGUGAAAGAGAAAGGCACGCAGUAUUUUAAGGGGGGGAAGUUCAAGCAAGCGUCCGUACAGUACAAAAGGAUUGUGUCGUGGCUUGAGAACGAAUCGUCUUUGUCUGAAGAGGACGACAAGAAGGCUAAAUCUUUGCGGCUGGCUGCUCAUUUGAACUUGGCGAUGUGCUACCUUAAACUCAAAGAGCACAGCCUUGCUCUGGAGAACUGUGACAAGGCCCUGGAGUUGGAGGAGUCUAAUGAGAAGGCGGUGUUCCGGAGGGGUGAGGCACUGAUUGGUAUGAAGGAGUUUGACAAGGCCAAAGACGACUUCCAGCGUGUUAUUCAACUCUAUCCUACCAACAAAGCUGCAAAGAGCCAGAUGCUUCUAUGUCAGAAGAAAAUCAGGGAGCAGCAUGAAAAGGACAAGCGCACAUAUGCCAACAUGUUCCAGAAGUUUGCAGAGAAGGAUUUAAAGAAAGAGGCUGAUAAAAUGAAGAGCAAGGACGAUGGCAGUGGUGACAAUAAUGAAGAGUUGGAGAUGGAAAGUGACGAAAAGGAGGCAGAGAGCGACACGAAAGCCUAAACGUAGAUCCACCUGUUUUAUGACGGUUCAUCUGUUCCGCAGAGUUUUGUUACUUCAGCCAUUUGUGUUUAAGACAACAAGAGCACUGACUUUGCUGGCUUUCUUUGUCCGGGCCUCUUGCUGUCAUCGUCCUUGUUGUGGUGAUACGAAGCCAGCAGGCAUGGUACGGUUUUAAUCGAAUGUUUGUGCUACCACCUCCAGUUCCAAACCUUUCAACCCACAGCUUACAACUGUGCUUUUGUUUCACAACCUUUUGUGUACAAGUGUUUGUAGAGAAUUAAAAAGCCUUGAUUGUAUAGGGCUACUCGCAUUGCACUAUAUUUGUUUGCUACACUUCCUAGGUUUUUUCUAAAUUUUGCUAUUCAUCCAUGCAAGCCACUGAUUAUUGGGCCUGCUGAUCAAUUCCUGGAGUUGUAGUGGCUGCAGAUGUGAUGAGAAUGGUCCUAAAGUCUGUAUGUAGCAGCUGGAUGUGUUGACUAGUUAAUUAGACCUGCUUCUCUGACGGGAAAGAUGGAAUUCCCCUGCUAAACCCCUUUUUUAGGUUUGGGAUUAUCCUCUGGUGUUUUGGAAGUGUCGACGGGUGUCCCCAAGUGUUCUUCUUGUUAAGUUCUGAAUUGUUUCUCAAACUGUUCAAUAGAUAAUGUCAACUGGAAUAUCUCAUCAAGCAUUAGAGCGGUUAUCGAAGACACAUGAGUUCCUCUUUCACGUAUAAACAGUCUUAAUUUUUAGCAUUUUGUAAGAAGUGCUGUUUCAGCUUAUCAAAAAAAAAAACAGUCUGCUUCUGUGGAAAGGAGGGGUCUACUUGUAUUUUGGAAGGGUCACUGUGUGGUCCAGUUGGCGGACUGAUACAAUAAACUGGUUGUAACCUGCCC